GUGUGUAGAUGUACAAGGAGACAGAGUCUGUCCAUGUGGAUCCCUGCGCCAGAGUGCUGUGAGGCAGCCGGGGAAGGGGAUCCACCUUCUGUUCUACUAUGGGAGGACAGAUCACCAGGCACACACUGUAUGAUUCUAUAGGUGGGACAUUUCCAUCCUCCUCCCAUCGAUGUCAUCACAAGCAGAAACAUUGCAUGCCAAUGGCACAAUGCGGGGGCCUAGUCAUCACUCCUCUCCUUUUCCACCCGCAUGCCAAGGGAUCGCAGAUCAUCAUGGACACUUCUCAAAAGGCAGUGAAGAGGCAGGCCAGUUUUUGUAAUGCCAUCACCUUCAGUAACAGGCCUGUCGUCAUCCAUGAACAAGUCAGGCUUAAGAUCACCAAGAAGCAAUGUUGCUGGAGCGGAGCACUGAGACUUGGUUUCACCUCCAAGGACCCGUCAAGGAUAAACCCGGAUACCUUGCCAAAGUAUGCUUGUCCUGACCUGGUUUCCCAGAGUGGAUUCUGGGCUAAGGCAUUGCCCGAAGAGUUUGCAAAUGAAGGGAACAUCAUAGCCUUCUGGGUAGAUAAAAAGGGCAGAGUAUUUUAUCGAGUCAAUGACUUUGGAUCAAUGUUGUUCUUCAGUGGAGUACGGAUCACGGAACCACUCUGGGCACUGAUUGAUGUUUAUGGGCUGACUCGGGGAGUGGAAUUGUUGGAUAGUGAAAUCAUCCCACCGGACUGCUCCCGGCCCCGAUCAUUCACUUCUAUCCCAAGGCCAUCCCUACGGAGAGAGACAGAAGACACCCGCUUGUCUGUUAGUUUGUGUGACUUGAACUUACAGGAAGAUAACUAUCAAACCAUGACAACCAUGUGUCCUAUCCCUCAAAACUCUCUGAACUCCCAGCAUUCCCACUUGCUCCCGUCACAGCUAGAAAGUGAUCUCCGGUUCCACCAGCUCCGAGGAGCCCAUAUCAAGACUUUAGACGAUCAAACAGUUGCAAGACUGGAACAUGCUCGUGAAGAGAGGACUUUGGUAUUUACUAACAGACCCCUUAGAAUCAAUGAAACAAUCUUUGUCAAAAUCAACAAAUCAAAUUCUUCAAGGUCAGGAACAUUAUCAUAUGGUGUGACGUCCUGUGACCCCAGCACCCUCAGACCUAGUGACCUUCCAUAUAAUCCAGAGUCACUUGUUGACCGGAAAGAGUUCUGGGCUGUGUGUAGAGUACUGGUACCCCUCCAAAGUGGAGAUAUUUUAGGGUUUGUAAUCAAUGGAGAAGGUGAACUACAUCUGAGCCACAAUGGUACUAGCACUGGCAUGCAAGUGUGUGUGGACUGUUCUCAGCCUCUUUGGAUGUUCUUUGGUCUACAUGGAACCAUCAUGCAAAUCCGCAUUCUGGGUUCCACUAUCUCAACUGAUAAUCGAGAAGCAUCAGCUCCAAGCUCUCCCACCUCAGCGCCGAACAGUCCCACUGCACCAUGUAGCGCCAUUUCUGAUCCCAUCCUGAACUCAUGUGUGUCUGCACCUAUGGGCAGCUCCAUAAACAUUACAGCGCCUAACUCUCCGGUGAGCAUGCCAGAGUCACCCCUCUCCCCAUCGCUCUCAGGGUCCUGGAGUGACGAGUGUACGAUCUGCUAUGAGAACUUGGUGGACACUGUUAUCUACUCGUGUGGGCACAUGUGCUUGUGUUACACCUGCGGCCUGAAACUCAAGAAGAUGAACAAUGCAUGCUGCCCUAUUUGUAGGCGCCUCAUCAAAGACAUCAUUAAGACAUAUCGGAGCAGUUAAAGCUGCGCUCCCGCAAUGGGGAAAGGAGCCUCUUUUCUGCUGAAGAUAUUUUUCUGUCCAGUGGUACUCAACAAUCUUCUUAGGAUCCUUUGAGGAAGUUAGAGGUGCUUAGAUUUAGAGUCCGUGUGUUUCAGCUCUAAAGUCAGUGAUCCUGGAUAACAAGAUAUCAGGGAAGCAUAGUCUUGUGGUCAUUCAAUAUUCUUUUAAAUGUAGAGGAAAUUCCAUAGACAUCUCCUUGAGAAACUUCUUCUGUGGCUGAUUCAGAUUCAGCUCCGACAUGAAGAAGAACGUUGGGUUGACUUUGUGUUGAGGUCCAGCCCCCAAAGCUUGACUGUAGCAAGUAAAGCAAUAUAACCACCUGCUAAUACCUGUGCAAAAAGCUUAAAUGAGAGGUAAAAAAAGGAGACACGAAGAGAUUCUGCCCAUUUGUACACAAACAACAUUGUGCGGUGUGAAGGUAACAAGUUGUUAGCUACAGUGGGGGAUAUGGUGUUGUUUAUAAAGCAGGUAUCAGACACAGGGGGCAGCACUGCUGUCACAUUAUGUUGAAUGGUUUUACCUCCUAAAUUGCCCCCCGCACACAAAUGAUCCGCUUUAGUGUUGGAAGAAAGGCUGAGAUUUUACUGCCACUCACUUUCACCAUGUGCCGGAGGCCUCCAACCCGUUAUCUCUUGACUAAAGGAGACGCUCUUUCCAAUGAAUUAUGUAACUUUGUUUUUCGGACAUACUGUAUAAUCUCUGUCUUGUGAUGGCCUCUUAUGGAGAGAAUUGGUUUGAGCGCAGCGUGAGCGUGGGCACAGUGACAUCAUUAAGGCUGGAGAACAGUAAUGGCUCUUUCAUGUAAGGAAGGGAUAAGUGGCCUUUGAUGUUCUCUUAACAAGCUGAACAGCAUUUGGCUUUAUAAUACUCUUAUUCAACCUUUUCUAGAAAUGAUUUUAUUUGAAUUCAGAAUAUAUCAUUAUUUUCAUUGUAAAAGCUGGUUCUUUUCAAGCACAUCGUGCCCUGUGCCACUUGUAAGCCAGAAUAGCCAUAUCAAAACAAGGAACAAAGCCUCCCUCUUAGACCAAUAGCAGUGGCGUAACUGGGCCCACCAGCAAAAAAAGUUUCAUUGGUUAUGAUCCUUCCUACCCCCUGUAUACGCCUGCUUGCAGACAGCCCUGGGAAUGUGAUGGGGCAGGCACCUCAGGAUAAAGGGUGGAAGACAAAGGAGAGAUCCAGGGUCCCCAAUGCUUUCCAGGUACAGAAAGAGUCCCAGAAGAAAAGGCAAUUAAAUAGCACUGUCUGGGUGUCCUUUUCUGAGCUGAUAAUGUAAACCUUAAAUAUCCAGAUUGGAUAGGCACAUAGCAAAUGUGACGCCGCCUCUCAUUAACUAUAAUGUAUACCCUUCUAACACAACUGCUACGGGCAGGUUUCAGUUCUAGGAGACAAGAUUGGGUUAAAGAUGGAGUAAUUAUGUAGAAAGUCGGAAUCAUAUAUUAUGUUAAUAUAUUAAAUAUAUCUCUGGAAGAGCCAGGAGGAGCUGUAGUCCAACAACGGUUGGAUGGUUGCAGAAUAGAGAUCCAUGAGCUUCAAAAGUCUUUUCCCUUCAUUUAAGUGGCGCAACCAUUCAGUGCCGCCUGGGUCUUUCUAACCCUGCCCCUCACUUCUCAUUUAUUAUUGCACAAUCAAUAAGUCAUGCUGCCUGGAAAGGCCAGUUACAGAGAAACGUCAGCGUGCAUGUGUGGACAUGAAUGAUGCAUUAUUGUGGGUGCAAGUCUAUAAGAAAAAAUGUGUUGUUUAUACCAGGUUACAUUUUAUUCAAUUAGAUAAGUGAUAUAUUUGAAUGUAUCUGUAGGUAUUAGCACCCCCAUAUCCUCCUCUUACCCUCUGUGCAGAUCUGACAUCAGCAGAUGGAGCAUGUGGGUAACUGUACAAUUGGAGUGUGACAAUUACAACGUACCAUAAAUCCAUAGAUGGAAUGCUCUGUGUAUCUGCCCAGCACAUUGUUCCUCUCUACUAUCUGCCCUACCUACACAGGCAGCUUCUCCUCUACUAAACACUCAUGGUAGAACCGUGGGUAUCUGCAAGGAGCUUGCAUGGUCUCCCCAUGUCUGCGUGGGUUCCAUCUGGCAUGUCUGCAUGUCUGCGUGGGUUCCAUCUGGCAUGUCUCCCCAUGUCUGCGUGGGUUCUAUCUGGCAUGUCUGCAUGUCUGCGUGGGUUCCAUCUGGCAUGUCUCCCCAUGUCUGCGUGGGUUCUAUCUGGGUACCAGGGUGACAGGUUCUUUGGCUCCUGGUAUAAUUGGCCCUAGUGUGAAUGUGAUAGGAACCUUGGAUUGUAAGUUCCUCUGGGGCCGAGACUGAUGUGUAAAUGUGUUGGUACUAUAAAAAGGGUGGUACUGAGCAAUGGCUGCAUGCCAAUGGCUGGAAAUCCCCUUAUUUAUCACUGGCCUAGGCCACAAUCCCCCAUCAGAAAACUCUCUUCUUCGCCUGUCAGCGCUCCUAACGAUAGGCCAAAAAGCGUGUAGCUCCACUUGUCACCACUCCGCGUGCAACAGCAGGGUAUUUGCCAUCAAAGAAAGCCAAUUUGUUCUACGGAGAGCUGCUCUUUACUGUUCCCUUUGUCAGUGUCCUGACCUGACCCAGCAUGAAACCUGCUUUCAAUUAACUGUACCCCGGGGUGCCUCCUGGCUGGCACUGUAAUGGCCUGACCAGUAACACCAAUGUUUGAUGCCAAUUUUUUUAAAGGGUUAGUUUAUCUUCCAAAAACUUUUUUUCAGUUUAAUUGUUUUCAGAUACCAAAGUGAAAAUCUUUUUUUUCACUAAUGCUCAGAUUUGCCUCAUUUUCCACCCGCUGGCAUUUCCAGCUCCAUAACCCAGGCUGCCCACACUCUGAACUCUUACAAUUUCUUACAAAAGCCGACGUUAGUAGAGCCCAUGGAGCAUGCUCAGUAGGGGCCAAAGCUGCUGCUCUUGGGAAAUGUUUCAACUGAUGUGUCAGAUCAGAACCAUUAAUAGAAUUGCCCCAGGGGGACACAAGUGGGUGGGAAAUGAAACUGAAAUGAAAACAAUAACCCCUAUAGCAAGCAGCAGUUAGUGUAUGAUAAUGAAAGGAACCGGUUGGCUGUCUGGCUGCCUUUCCAACACUGGUUAUAGUUAGGCCAGAAUGCCAGCGCUGCAAGAUAGCCAUCAGUAAGCUUUAAUAAACCCUUACCCACCGGGAGGGAAACCAUUCCAGUUUGAAUCAUUUCUCCGCCGAAUGUUUGACAAAUACAAUUUAAAAGCUUUUUUGACCUUUUACAAAUUUCUUUUUGUUUGUUUUGAUUACCGAGGCCUAAAAGUCCUUGGAAAGGACUCUGUGUAUGAUAUUCUGUUGUGCUAAACCGCGCUGUCAGUUACACUGGGGCUCCUUGGCAUAAAUGCGCAGUCACGUGACCAAUGCAGAAGGUUUGGCUGUGAUUAGUGUGAGAUACUUAGGAAAUUGACUUCAGAUGGACCGCAAGAGCCACUAAGUGCUAAUAGGAAAGUAGCUAGAAGCUAAAAGCCCCCAAAUACCCUCGCCCCAUUAACCACCAGUGCUUUUCAUCCUACCCCCCUAUAUCCCCCCAGUAUUCCUCAAUCACUGAUUGUUGGGGCAUAUUCUUGAAACUGUGACUGAAUGAUCCAAUGGCGAAAGGUUGGAUCUUCAAAUGGGGCUUGGACUGACAUAAGUUUGACAAUCACUGCUCCAGUUUAGUGGGGAAAAAGCCUUCACUGAAGUUAGUGAUGUUUUUACCCCCCCCCAUAUAUAUAUAUAUAAAUAUAUAUAAAUGGAAUACAGGGAGGAGGAUACUGUGUACAAGAAGGAAGAUUCUGUGUACACAGUGCAAAGAAAGAAGUAAUUAUAAAUGAGAUAUUUGCCCUUUAAUAAGAUAUAGUGAGUUUGACAUUGUGCUACAGGGUGUUGCCGGCCCAUCACAGAGAGAAAAA